UCUGUGGGUUAUAUGUCGUCUGUGUUGUUGUUUUGACGUUAGAAGUUUGUUACAAAGAGUAAAAGAAUAUUAGGUUUUAUAAGUGUAUAAUCUAUGUUAGUUAUUGUCCAAGACAUGUCCGAGGAAUAUGGUCGAAAUCCGGGAUUCUGAAACGUAAAAUAUAAAAACCACAUCUUUCUGAUUUAUCGGCACUGUUCAUAUAAUAAGAGCUCCAGUAUUAACUUAGUAUAUUUGUAGUUAGAAAAAAUUUAUAUUAACAAUUAUUUUUGAUUGCGUUCUACAAAUAUUGUGUGAUAUAUUUUAAAUUAAUACAAUCGAAUAAAAAAAUGCGAUAAUUUGACAUAUGAUUAUAAAAUUACUGUAAAUUUAAAACUUGAAGAAACAUUAAUUUUAUUGGUGACCUUUAUUAAGCAAGAUGGCCUGGACAAACUACCAGAAGUUCCUCGCCCUGAUGAUGUUGGUGACUGGCUCAAUCAACUCUUUGAGUACAAAAUGGGCUGAUAUAUUAAAAUCAAAGGGGUCAGACGGUGAAGAAAGAUAUUUCAACCAUCCAUUCUUGCAGACCUUAUCUAUGUUUUUGGGUGAAAUGCUAUGUUUACUUGUGUUCAAAUUGGUGUAUUACAAAACACGGAACACUGGGGGACAUUCAUUAACAGCUGGAACACAAAACUUCAAUCCCUUAAUUCUGAUGCCCGCAGCUAUGUUGGAUUUGAUUGGAACAUCCAUAAUGUAUAUUGGUUUGACUCUAACCUACAUCAGCAGUUUCCAAAUGUUCCGUGGGUCUAUCAUUGUCUUUGUGGCUGUGCUGUCCAUGACAUUCUCCAACAAACAGAUCAUCAAAAGAGAAUGGCUCGGGAUUGUGUGCGUCAUCAUCGGACUUUUGAUCGUGGGAGUUACGGACGCUUUGUACCAAACACCGGGAGAGUCUAAAGGCCGCAACAGCCUUAUAACCGGCGACCUACUGAUUAUAAUCGCUCAGGUUGUAUCCGCCUGUCAGAUGGUGUACGAAGAGAGAUACGUUACAGGUCAAAAUAUCCCUCCAUUGCAAGCUGUAGGCUGGGAAGGGGUGUUCGGUUUCUCUGUGCUGUCCGGUCUGUUGGUCGUGUUCUACUGGACUCCGGCCCCGCCCCACUUCGACAACAACCCGAGGGGAACCAUAGAAGACGCUAUCGAUGGCCUGAUACAAAUCGCCAACAAUCCAUUGAUCCUCGUGGCAACGCUUGGUACGAUUGUAUCGAUAGCUUUCUUCAAUUUCGCCGGCAUCAGCGUUACCAAGGAAAUGUCUGCUACAACCAGAAUGGUGCUCGACUCAGUGAGGACUCUGGUCGUGUGGGUAGUGUCUCUGGCUGUCAGGUGGCAAAGCUUCCACUGGCAGCACCUUAUGGGCUUCGGAGUUCUCAUCGUCGGCACCUGUCUGUACAACAAUCUCGUGCCCCGCUGCCGUACAACCACCGAAGACGACGACGUCGACAGCGUAACCGAUAUCGUGAACACGGAAGCAUAGGCUUACCUUGACGCAUAGAUAAUCUAACCGCUCAUACUAAUAUAUUCCAAUUUAGAUUUAAUGAUUAAACGUUGAUCUUAUCUGUCUCUGUGUAAUGUUGCAGUAGGAAUUUUUGACAUAACCCAAUGAAGUCAUCUUGAAUUUUUAACAUAGAAUAAAUAGGUAACAAUUAAUUUCCUAUAAAUGAAUAAUUUGAAGGCCUUUAUAAACGGUGCUAUAUACAAACUAAUCCAGCUGAUUGUUUUUUGAUCUUGAGAUAAAAAAAAUUAUUUAAACUAAAUAAAUCAUUAACGUUUUUUCUUUAGUUUCAUAGAUUUUUUUUUAUUUUUUACUCUUUAUUUUCUUAUUUUAAUUUUGUCUUUAUUAGAUAAGGACAAAAAUUUUAUAUUUCUAAAGAUAUCUGCUGUAGCUCUUAAGACUUUUUUAUAAUAAAAUAUUAUAGUCUCUAACAUUCUUAAUCUUCACCAAUUCAUUUACAUUCAUAAGUAUAGUAAUAAUAUAAGUAGUUUUUAGAAACGUCAUUAUUUGUUAGUUUUGUGAUUAUUAUUUUUUUAUGAUAUUGAAAUUGAUUUUAUGUAGAAAUUGAUAAAUUUUUUUGUAGUUAAAUGACAAAAGUGUUAAAAACACAAGCGUUUUGGUCUCUAAAUUUUUUUACUAUAACUUCAUAUUAUUAUAACGCAGUCUUUAAGCAAUAACGUAACGUAAAAUUUAAUAUAAUCGCGUUUGAAGCCUGACGGUGAUUUCUGACUUAAAAAAUACGUUUGAAUAAAUGAUCUAAAAGGUUUACUGCAUUCCGCGCAAUGUACUGCAAACUAACGCUAAGGUUUCGUAAUACGAUCUUAUCUUACUAAGCCGACAACUGUAUUUACUUUAUUUAGUAUAUAUUCUAAUGUUCGCUGAAUAAACGAAAUCCGAUCUUAAUAAACAAUAACGCAAGGUUUCGAAUCAUUUCACUUUAGUUAUUAUGAUUUAUUUCUUUUACAAUAUGACGUAAAAUCUUUUAUUUGUACUAUUAAGUUUUUUGAAACACUAUAACUCAUCAUAUAGGUGCUAAACAAAAGAAAUCGGUUGACAAUCAGAGAUGAAAAAGGUACUAAACCUAUAACUAUAUCUUUGUCUAUAUUUUUAAAGAUUAAUAAUGUUUUAUUUACUUUGGGCUAGCAGUCCCGCGCCCAUACCGUAAAUCCUAUGUAAGUGACAUUUUUUUUUAUUAUUAAUAAAUACAAUUAUCGAAUGAAAUUUUAAUACAAACUAUGAGUAGGUAAGUAAGAUUUUUAUAUUUGACUGACAUGUAAGUUUUUCUUUUUGUUUCUUGGCAAAUAAAGAUUAUUAAUAAAAUGAAAAAA